AUAAAUUUAAGUCAUAACUAUUUAAUGGACAUAACAUUUGACACUUCACAUUUAUUGUCAAUUCAAAUUUUAGAUUUAUCGGAUAAUUCAAUCACACAUUUCAAUGAAACAAUUAUGACUGCUUUUACUACUCUUUUCAAAACUACAGAUCUAAAAAUAGAUUUGACUUAUAAUAUGUUGCAGUGUAGUUGUAAUACGGUAAAAUUCCUCCGAUGGAUGUUGGAUCACAGUGAGCGGUUUUUGAACCAGGAACGCUACACGUGCAAAUUUGAAAAUGGAAAUAUUGCUAACCUAACAUUAUUAAAAGAAACGGUUAACCAAAUCCAAAAGGAAUGUUCCACAUAUACGACAUUGAUCGUCUGUUUGUCCGUUGGAAUAUUUGCAGCAAUUUUAAUUUUAUGUUCUGGCUUAAUUUAUCGACAUCGAUGGACACUCCGUUAUAUGUAUUACACAACAAAGAGUAAAUAUUACCGUUAUAAACCAGUCGAAAUGGACGAAGUAUUCACAUUUAACGCUUUCGUCUCCUAUUCUGAUAACGAACGUGAUUUUAUCGUAAAUGAAUGGAUUCCAAAUAUUGAACAAACAUGUGACAUAAAACUGUGUAUCCAUCAACGAGACUUUAUCCCUGGUGAAGACAUUACUGUAAAUAUAACGAACGCUAUCCGUGAGAGUAAGAAGACCGUGUGUAUCGUUACACAAUCGUUUCUUGAUUCUUAUUACUGUAUAUUUGAAUAUAAUAUGGCAAGAAUGGAUAGUAUUUACUCCAGAGGAGGACGCAGUACCAUAUUCUUGGUAUUCUAUGAAAACAUACAACCAAAAGAUCUUCCUCUUGUCAUGUUAGAACUCGUUCAACAGCAGUCAUACAUAGAAUAUCCUCAUGAUCAGCAAGGAAAUGUUGUAUUUUGGGAGAAAAUCAAAGAAGUGCUCGGAUAAAUUUACAUAUUCACUCUAUAAACCGUUUUCGAUUGACCUGAAAAGUUGAAUUCUUCAAGCAUUGAAUAUUCAUAUGCCUAUUACAAGUAGCUCUAGAUCUCGUAACAGAAGAGUACGUGGACGUGUAAGAGACGGAGAAUAAUAGCCAUAACUUUGCUUAUUUAUAUACAUGUAUCAUUAUCUUUAUUUUUUAUGUCUAUUUAUAUAAUUACAGUUUUGAGUACUUAAACUAAUCCAGGAUAUCAGGUUAUUCAACACAAAUUGAUAAUUUAGUAGUUUGGAAUUAUUGAUAUAACAGAUAAAUUGUUAAGGAACAAGGAAUAUUAAAAAAAUAAAUAUUGCCUGGUUGGUAUAUUUAGAAUGGAAAUUACUGCCAAAAUAUAUCACUGAAUUAUUUACACACACAUGACACAUGUUUUUUUUACUUAUUUUCCCCCCUUAUUUAUAGUCUUGUUGUCUAUGAACUUCUCAUUAAUAGACAGACAAUCUAUUAUUAUUUUGUUUUAUAUUUUUGAAUUAUUUAUAAUAUUUAAUUCAUACAUGCGGGUAAAGCAAUUUUACAGAAGAGCCAUGUCAAACCUUAUGUUAAAAUGUUAAACAACAAUAAUCAGGAUUGUCAAUGGAUGAAAUCAGAAAAUCCUCUUUUGGUUUUAAAAACGACCUUUUUAUUUGUAUACUCUACAACCACGUGUUUCAUCACAAUAUACCCAAGAACUCUCUUGUGAUAUAGGUGAAUGCAUAGAAAAAGAUAUUGUUCAAUAUAAAAACAUGGACGAGAUUUUGCUAUGUGGUCAUUUUAACGCAAGAAUAUGUUCUGAAAACGAUUGUUAUGUAUUAUGAACGAUGAUUCAUAAUUCACUCCAUUUUUUUAUACAUAUCCUGCUUACAAACACAUAUUGUCAAGAAAAAGUCAAUAUCAAAAGUUGAUCAAAGAAGUAAAGAACUUUUGGAUUUUUGCAUUUGUAAACAUAUAAGAGUCUUAAGGAUGUACUUAGGUCAGGUUUAGGAAUUUUUGUCAGAUGUUUGGACUCCUUGUUUUUUUUCCUACGAUACAGGGUAAAAUAUUUUGCCCCAUAACACCCAUUUUUAUUUCCAUAUAAGACAAUAGCUCAUAAAAAUUCAUUUACCAAAAUUUAAGCAGAUUCUAGAUUUCUUUUCUUUCGAUUUGAGACACAAAUAAUACCAAUGCAAAUAUAAGGUAAAUGUCCGAGUCAGCCUUUUCCCAUUUUUUUAAAAUUAAAUAUCUCUAAAAGGAGAUCCAUAACCUAUCAAUAUUUAAGCUUAUUUUGUACCUUAACUAAUGCUCUUCUGACUUAUAGUAUCAAUUAUAAAUUUAAGAUUUUUUUUUAUUUCACCUAAGUACAUCCUUAAACGGCAUAGUUAUUGGGGACACAUAUGAUAAUUAUACAUGCUAUACCCCUAAUGUGCAAGUGUGGUUGGUUAUGUUGCUAUGUCGGAGGGGAUAUUGUAUGUUUAAUGAAUCUAGAUCUAUUCCCACCUUAUCUGAUUGUCAUAGUCAAUUGAAUUAUUUCAUAUCUUUCAUAUCGGGGCCUUUUAUAGUCGACUAUAUGAUAUGUUUUUCUCAUUGUUGAAGACCGUACGGCUGCCUAUAAUUUCUUACAUCAACUUCAUUUGAACUUUGGUGGAUAGUUGUAUCAUUGGCAUCAUACCACAUCUCCUUAUUUUUAUAUACUUAAGGAAUGACUGUAAUAUUUUUUCUGUCUAUGAAGAAAUAACAUAAAAAAUGUGGUGCACACUGAAUGACGCGCGUAGCGGGUUAUUUAAAAGUGUGUACCACAUUUUUUAUGUUAUUUCAAAUAGACAGAAAAAAUAUUAAAGUCAUUCCUUAUAAUUUAAUUCUAAAAAGAAGUAAAUAAUGAUAAAAACGUUGAUGACGUCGCGGUCACAUGACAAAAUUAUGUCUAUGAUAUGAUAGACAAAACACUUUCAGCCAAUCAGAAGACGUGUUACAUCCAAAAUUAAAUUAUAUACAUAUAAAUAAAUAUUUUUUAAAUUGUGGUUGUAUUUACUUAUUGAUUUAAAAGUCAAACAAAUAUUAGUCCUUAUAAAUAAGGAAAUGGAAGAUAUAUAUUGAUUUCUUCUAUAAAUGAAAAUGUUCUUAUCUCCUAACGGCAUCGUCCCUUGGUGUCAACUGCAUUCAAAUUACCUAGCUGCUACCUGUUAUGCCUUUGAUACAGAUAGGUUAGACACAUUUCCAUAUAUAUAUUAAGCAUGUCAGUCAGUCUUUAAAGUAUCACCCCUCGUGUCAGUUGUAUUUAUGAUACAGCUCCACUAUCUUACUUACUGUUGACACGGGAAGGACUGUAAACAUGCUGAACUUUUUGGGCAACUUUAUGUUUAUCUUUUAUAUAACUAUGUAUUUUUUUUCUGAAUAUAGAAUCAGCCACACUUGCAUUGUGUAUAAUAAAAGCUUAAGCUGCUUAAACAAUUACUUACGAAAGUUAUAUAUCAUUUAAUUUUAUUGAAUGGUAUUUGUUUUCAAUCUCAAAUUAUAAUGUUGUUGUCUUUUCAAAUGUGUAUUCCCUUC